AUGGCCAAGCGCACACGUAUCGACGUGCUGAUGGUGGAGCGGGGGCUGGCGCCCACGCGAGAGAAGGCGCAGGCCCUGCUCAUGGCGGGCAGCGUCACCGUCGACGGGCGGGCCGUCAGCAAGCCGGGCACGGCCGUGGCGGCGGAGGCGGGCGUCGACGUGCGGGCGCCGCUGCAGUACGUUGGCCGCGGCGGCGACAAGAUGGCGGGCGCGCUCGACGCCCUUCGGGGCUCGACCCGGCGGGGGCCGUCGUGCUGGACGUCGGGGCGUCGACGGGCGGGUUCACGGACUGCCUGCUGCAGCGUGGGGCCGCGCGCGGUCUAUGACAUCGACGUCGGGCGGGGGCAACUGGCGCACAAGCUGCUGAUCGACCCGCGCGUCGAUUCGUACGAAGGGGUGAACGCGCGGCACGACUUCCCGCUGCCGGAGCCGGUGGACAUGGCCGUCGCGGACGUCUCCUUCAUCUCGCUGCGGCUGGUGCUUCCGCAGAUGGCGGCCCACCUGCGCCCCGGCGGUCGGAUGCUGGUGCUGGUGAAGCCGCAGUUCGAGGCGGAGCGCGGCGCCGUGGGUCGCGGCGGCAUCGUUCGCGACGGCAAGACGCACGCGACGGUGUUGGGCGACUUCGUGCAGUGGGCCAUCGGGCAAGGGCACCGGCUGCGCGGGGUGACGCCCUCGCCCAUCACCGGGACCGAGGGCAACCGGGAGUUUUUUGUUCUGCUGGAGGCCGGUGAGAGUCCGGCGGAGGCGGACGCGGACUAG